AUGAUCAACCCUCAAACGCCGUCGUCGUCUUCACAAUCAAGGCUUUUGAAGACGUUCUCCAAGAAAGGUGCGAUUGUGCUCGGAGUAAUAAUUUUUUCAGAGUCAAAAUGCGCUAGUGUCAAAUCGAAGGAUACGUUGAUUGCAAGAUUAAAACAGGAGAAUAGUGAAUUGAGAGAUGAAAACUUUCAAUUGAGGAGAAGAUUGGGGGAAACGGAGGAAACGGAUAAACAGCGCAUUAAUCUGAUAGUAUCGGAUAGGAUGUUGGUAAGUUUUUUUUGUUUUCCUAAUCUUAAUUUAGCAAAAAGUGACUCACAUCACAGCAAAACAUCACCGUUGUCUCGAUUUCUUGCAGAAGAUGACUAUGGAUUUUGAAAAGACUCAAGAGGAAUUGAAUGCAUUGUAUGUGUAGUUGUAGCAUCGGUAUAUUUUUUCUUCGACUUUUUACUUUUAGGAAAAUGAGUUGCAUAGCAACAGGGGCGUUGAAGGCGACUAAAGCUUGUGAUGUUAUGGAUCGCAAGCUUCUUCUUGAUCGGUAUUCGACGGAUUUACAGAGCUUAGAAGAAGAGCCCUUCUUUGAUUCUUUUAUUAAGAAACCGUCAAUACAAAGCUUUACGGAACCUGAUGUAGAUGAUGGAAGUUUUGUAACCAAUUUACCCGGUACUUUAAGAGUGGAACCCAACGAAUUGGUAAGGGAAAUGUUUUAGUAUACUUACGGAAGGCUGACUUUUCGGGCCCCCGUCUUUCGGGUGGGCGGCACGUCAAUAAAAGUUAGAACAAAAUGUUUCCCUUCAAUAAGUCUCAAAUGCGACGAAAUGAUACAGGAAUUAUCGGAUUUGUACAAAUUUCGAUGGGAAAAAUAAAAGAUUGGUCGAUAAUUCUUGUGGCGAUUCGAAAAUUUGAAUUUAUUGAAAGGAAACAUUUUUCUUGACGUGGUUGGCGCCUUUUCGGGGCCCCGGGUUGGGCCCGGUUUUGUCCCCACCCCGGUUUUGUCCCCAAGACGGUUUUGUCCCCAGGACGUUUUUGUCCCCACUUUUUUCGAGCCUUUUUGUCCCCAGACCAGUUCUGACCCCAGGACGGUUUUGUCCCCAAGACGUUUUUGUCCCCACUUUUUUUAUUUUUUUGUCCCCACACCGGUUUUGUCCCCAGGACGUUUUUGUCCCCAAGCUGGAUAGUACAAUUAAAAAUUAUGCAUUCAAAUGUUAAUGCUGUUGGUUUGGUGCAUAGUACUGCUCAAAUAACAUGUUAUUAGUACUGUAUAGUACAAGGUGGUACUAUAUAGCACGAGGUGAAAAUUAAGUCAUAACGCGUUAAUGCUGUUGGUUUGAAGCCCAGAAUUUCUCAAAAAAUGUUUUUUUAGCACUUGGUACUGUAUAGUACGAGGUGGUACUAUAUAGCACGAGGUAAAAAUUAAGCUAUAACGCGUGAAUGCCGUUGUUUUGGUAUGCAGUACUGAUCAGGAGUUCAUUUCGUGCAAAAACAAAUUCUUGCUAUAUAGUACCAAGUGCUAAAACACAUUUUUGAGAAGUACAGGGCUUCAAACCUACAGCAUUGACGUGUUAUGGCAUUAUUUUUACCUCGUGCUAUAUAGUACCACCUCGCUAUACAGUACCAAGCGCUAAGAACAUGUUGUUUGAGCAGUACUAUGCACCAAACCAACAGCAUUAACAUCUGAAUGCAUAAUUUUUAAUUGUACCAUCCAGCUUGGGGACAAAAACGUCCUGGGGACAAAAAAAUAAAAAAAGUGGGGACAAAAACGUCUUGGAGACAAAACCGUCCUGGGGACAGAACCGGUCUGGGGACAAAAAGGCUCGAAAAAAGUGGGGACAAAAACGUCCACUACGGGGCCCCGCGGUCAGAAAAGGCUUGACCCCUAUAUUCAUAUUCCGCUUUUAGAGCAGAACUUUCGAUACUGUUAAGGACGAUAAAAAUGGAAUGGCUGCUUCUACAUCCUUCUCAACCAAUGAUGUAAGUGUCCAGUCGUUUUUAAUUAUUUUUAAAUUCAGGAAAAUCGGGAAUCACUGAUCAACCCGUCUUUCACCCCACCGGCUGAAGUCGAACAUAAGUUCUUACAAAGUCCUGGUCGCUCCAAAUGGAUUAAUGUUGUGGAGAGGCGGAAAGAAAACAUUCGACCACCAGAAUUAGAAGCACCAAGUCAACGACCAAAGCGACGAGCAGCUCCAAGUGCUUUGAAAGAGAAAUCUCUGAAGGGGAAGAUGCGAAGGCAAUGA